UACACCUCCCCGUGGUUGCCCUUAGAUCACGUCCAAAGUUACCAAGGCACGUGAACCGGCUUCCGGCUAAUACCUCGUUCGCUAUUCGCUCCUUGGACCCUACCAUUCCCGUCGUCUUCACCAUGCCCGAAUUAAAAGACAUAACAUUUGAAGAAGUUUCCAGGCACAAUCGCGAGGAUGAUUUGUUGCAUCCCGGCGGCAUGGCCGGGAAGGAUGCAACGACUGCCUUUUUCUCUUUGCACCGAGCCGAGGUCUUACAGCGACCCGUGUACAAGCGCUUGAUCAUUGGAAAACUCCCUUCCAAAAGUCCUCAAUUCGUGCCGCCAAAUCCGGACGAGCUCAGCAAGGUUCCCUACGGAGAAGCAAUGUGGUUGGGCGAUGGAUUCAGUUCUGCCUACCACAAGGAAAGCCAUCGAAAGUUCCAAAAGGCUGUAAGGUCGUUCAUGCGGACAGUCGUUCUACCGGAUGCAAUGGCUUGUGAGGAGAACGGUAAGCGAGCUAGUCAAAAGGUCUUUGAUGCAUUGGCAGAGAAGAAUAUCAUUGCUAUGCGAUUCGGACCUGGGCCUCACCUUAAAGGCUUGACGCUCAUGGAUGGCGUAAUCACACCAGAAGAAUUCGACUUUUUCCACGAGUCUAUCCUAACCUACGAGCUCGGGCGACUUGGCACCAGAGGUUACUUUGAUGGUCUCCUCGCGGGUGGUGUCAUUGGUCUCCCACCUAUCCUCAACUACGCCCGACCAGAGAUCAAGGCCAAAGUCGUACCUGAAGUCCUCCAAGCAAAGAAGUUUAUCUGUCUCGCCAUUACAGAGGCAUUCGCAGGUUCAGACGUAUCUGGCUUGCAGACCACGGCUGAAAAGUCGGAGGACGGAAAGCACUGGAUCAUUACUGGUACCAAAAAGUGGAUCACAAAUGGAACAUAUGCCGACUAUUUCACAACGGGAUGUAGAACUGGAGAGAAUGGAUUCACCGUUAUUCUUAUUCCGAGAGGCGAUGGCGUAGAGACGAACGCUAUCAAGACGAGUUAUUCAUCUACGGCAGGAACUGCGUUUGUUACAUUUGACAAGGUCAAAGUUCCAGUGGAGAAUACUUUGGGAGAGGUUGGACAGGGGAUGAAGGUCAUCUUGCAAAACUUUAACCAGCAUCAGCGCUGGAAGUAUGCGCUUGGUAGUGGAAGAGUGCCUCAAGUGGUCCAAUCAACGAUUCGUAUUUGGCAAACCGCUAGUCUCACAACCUGUUAUCCGAUACAAGUGCGUUAUAAUCUGGAUAUGACGUUGAAGAAAAUGCUCAUAGUAUAUAGACUAGCAAACAUGAUCGCAAGAGUCGAGGCCGUCCAAGCGUGGUUGGAGAAUGUCACCUACCAGAUGACCCAAAUGUCCCAUAAAGAGCAGUCGGACAAACUUGCGGGUCAAAUUGCUCUCCUCAAGAUGUUCAUCACUCGAGCUGGGCAGCAGACAGCAGAGGAUGCGGCACAAAUCUUUGGUGGACGCUCGCUCACCCAAACCGGAAUGGGUCGCUAUCGUCGAACUGCCGCCUUUGAUGCUAUCCUCGGAGGAGUCGAAGAUGUCUUGGGUGAUCUCGGUGUACGACAGGCCAUGAAAAAGAUGCCUUCAAACGCUCGACUAUAG